AUGUCGAGGUGGCUCCGGCCUGGUGUGGAAUAUGUCAAGGGGAUGUGGCAGAAUAUGCCCAUGGACCGUCACCAGCAUUUACCCAUGGUCAUCGGCCACGAGUUCUCGGCGAUCGUCACCCAAGCUCACCCUUCAGUGGCUACCGACUUUAAAGUCGGCAACCAUGUGUCGAUUGAGCCGAUCCAGGGAGAUGGAGACUGCCACAUGUGCAUUCAAGGUCGCGAGAACAACUGCGAACGACUGUCGAUACUCGGCCUCACUCAAACGGGUGGCAUGAUUGAGCGGCUGUCGAUACCGGCUCGAAAAUGCCACAAGCUGGAACCCGGCAUAUCUCUACAGGUGGGGGCGCUUGUCGAGCCUCUUUCGGUGGCAUGGCAGGGCGUCGCAAACUCGAAACACAUCUUGGAUAACCACCUCAAUGCCUCGGUGGUCAUUAUCGGGACCGGCAUGAUUGGGAUUGCCAACGCCCUGUGCCUUCGAGCUGUGGGCAGAUUCCAGGUCCUUAUGAUCGGCAGAUCCGCGGCACGCAACGAGACGGUCCAAGGCCUCAAUCUGGCAGAUGUCGUCGUGGAUUUCAAUGACACAUCCCUGGGCAGAAAUUGGACAACUACUUCCAAGGGUCCAUGCUGCAUCUUCGACACUGCCAAUUCACAAUCCACGUUUGACCUUGGGAUAGAUCUGCUCCGGAAAGGGGGCAUGUACUAUACCUUUGGCCAGUUUCACAGCAAUAUCUCGGUUGACAUGAACAGGAUCAUUUCAAAGGCGCUCGUCGUCACCGGAGACGGAUGCUACCGGUCCGGGACGUUUGCGUCCGUCAUCGAAGCCCUCUCCCAGGACUUAAUUCCCACCGCGACCCUUGAACAACUGGUGACCAGGAGGAUCCCGCUGGGUGAAGUGGAGGACAAGGGUCUGAAAGAGCUGAUGGAGAAUAAAGACCAACAUAUCAAAAUCCUUGUUCGAGUGAACGGCGAUAUUCUGGAAUGA